CUUCAAUACUAUCGCUUCAUUCGUAUAACAGAUGAAACAGAUUUCAUGGAGAUUGAAAUAGAUGGAAAGAAGCACGAAAUAAGAUUUCACAAUAAUGUAGAAUAUAAGAUGGAAACAUUAGCUGGAGUGUUAAAUGCUCUCAUAAAUACUACAAUAAACAAGGAUAACGAAGAAACUUAA